UUCAAACUUGUUUUCAUUGGGAAGGCAGAUAAAGCGUUUAUCAAAAGCAAUCACCUUUGCAUGGAAAACACAGAAUCCUACUCAUUAAUACACGUGCGUAAAUUAGGCUACAUCACUUUUGUUUUGAGCCGACAUAGCCUUUGAAUACCAGGUUCACGCCUGGGAGGCAGUGCGGUUCCAAAUUUAAUGCAGUCAACUUUCGUCUACACGGGCGCCGAGUUUCAUCGAAACCCCUCUUCCUCUUGGAAUGUGCUGGUUCUGAGACAGAGGCGGAGUUGAGGACAAAGGUUUUAUGGGAAAACGGAGGACAAAAACAACUUUUCAACGGGAAUAUAAACUAUUAAAGCACUAGGUCUACAUUAAGCUAACUUCUAACCAGGAAAACCACAGUCUCUUUGUGGUGGGCCACCCCACCCCCCUGCAGCACCAUGUCCAAGUACCUGAGGCAUUUCACCACGGUGGGUGAUGACCACACAGCCCAUUGGCACAACGAGGGGCUGCAUGAGGCUAGAGAGGAGCCGGGACCAGCCACAGGACAGCUGCCCCACGGGGAACUCACCUUCAGAGGCUCUCUGAAGAGACUCUACAGCUCAGACAGAUUCCAGAUAGCUGUGGUAUGCCUGGUCAUCCUGGAUGCAUUCUUUGUGCUGGGCGAGCUACUGAUCGACCUGUCAAUCAUCAAGUUGGAGCAUGGGCACGUUGCCCCUCGGGUCUUCCACUACCUGAGUUUGGCUCUUCUCACCUUCUUCAUGGUGGAGCUAGCUGGAAAGCUCUUUGCCUACCGGCUGGAGUUCUUCCAUCACAAGUUUGAGGUGUUUGACGGGUUGGUGGUGAUUGUGUCCUUCAUCCUGGACAUUGUGUAUAUCACCAGUAAAGAUGCCUUUGACGGCAUGGGCCUCUUGAUCCUCCUCAGGCUCUGGAGGGUGGCCAGGAUAGUCAACGGAAUCCUGAUGUCUGUGAAGUCACGGGCCGAUCGCGAAGUUCAAAAGCUGAAGGAGAGCAAUGAUCACCUGGUCCAGCAAGUUAACGACCUACAAGACCACAAUGGCAAGAUGGAACAAGAGAACAGUAAACUACGAGCUAUCCUCCGACAGCAUGCCAUUGAGUUCUGAUGCAGGAAGAGGAACAUGAUGCCGUUUUCAUUAUCCACUUAUAGUGUCAUUGGAAUUGUUCAAUAAACAAAGCUAUAUUCUAAAUAGUGUUCACCAUCCAUACACCAUUUCAGUAAGUAAUUCCACAAUGACAGGAGCUUACACUGAGUUACGAGCCUGCUCCUAGAGCCGUUUGUACUCUUGCCAACUCAAUUGUUGUCAUUGUCAAGCCAAACCUUUGGCAUGACAAUGAGUGAAAAUAAGUUGGUAUGAAAACAUACUGGCACUCAGGCUAGAUACAGUUGAAGUCGAAAGUUUACAUACACCUUAGCCAAAUACAUUUAAACUCAGUUUUUCACAAUUCCUGACAUUUAA